AUGAGCAUGCCGCGCCUGCCGCUGCAUUCUAUGGUCGGCAUCCGUGUCGCUUCAAGUGCCACCCCAGCUGGAGACAGCGUCACCAGCAUUUGUGGUGUAACGGGGAAGUUCAGCCCCAACAACAGUUUCGAGAGAAACCUCCUUCGUCUCGCAAAAGACCUUUCAAAUAGCACAACAUCUUCCUCGAACGUCUUCGCGGUGGCGACGGUUGGGGAAAUCCCCGACUCUGCAAACACUGCAGCUUUCUGCCGCCGCGACACCUCCGCCUCGUCAUGCUGGGACUGCAUCACAACAGCGUGCAUGGACGAGCAAGGAGGGAGUGGAGCAGUUCAAGACCAAGGUGCAGCUGCUCGUCAAGUUGCAGCACAUAAAUCUCGUGAGGCUCGUGGGCUGUUGUGUCCAGAGGAGGAGAAACUGCUCGUCUACGAGUACAUGCCUAAUGGCAGCCUCGACCGUUUAAUCUUCGACCAGCAGAGGGAGCCACUGCUGGACUGGGAGAAGAGGAUGCACGUAAUUCAAGGAAUCACAGAGGGAAUGCUCUACCUACACAAGCAUUCCUGGGUGCGUGUGAUCCACAGAGAUUUGAAGGCCAGCAAUGCUUUGCUUGACAAGGACAUUAUCCCCAUGAUCUCUGACUUCGGCCUAGCUAAAAUCUUCCCCUCGAACAUGAUGGAAGCCAACACUGGCAGAGUCGCCGGUAUAUUUGGCUUCAUGGCUCCUGAGUAUAUUUCCAACGGAACAUUCUCAGUCAAGUCCGACGUCUACAGCUUCGGUAUGUUGCUGCUGGAGAUUGUUAGCAGCAAGCGGAACAAUCGUCACAAUCAGUACAACGUCUUCAACAACAUAGUCAAAUAUAAGGUACUGAAACUUCACUCGCCGUCCUCCGCCUCCGCGCGCCUCGACGCCGUCUCCGCUGCAAGUCUCCCGCCGCUCGCGCCGGCCAUCGCUCUCACCGCUGCAUGGGCCGCUCGCGCCGACCGCCGCGCGUCGGCCAGACUUCCCACCGCGAGAUCUUUGACGCUGCCGGAGGCUAGGGUCCGGUCGCUCUGUGCAUCGCUAGAGGCCGGCAUAGCCGCCGCGCCGCCCGCCGGGGAGACCGGGGCGCCCCACCGGGAGUCUCCGCCGCUGGAGAGAGAUGGAGAGUGGGAGAGAUAG